AUGUCCAAAGACAAGCGGAGAAGCAUCUUUGGCAGCAGCUCCCUGAAUGCUUUCGCGUCGCGCAGCCACAAGGAUGAAUCGCAACCCUCGAAUCUUCUGCGGAAGCGGCGCACGGCGUCGUUCAUGUCAAAUCUCUCCGAUGUGUCGCAAUACACCGAAGCAGCGACUUCUAACGGCAGCACGACAGCGGGAAGUAGCACCCUGAUGGAACCGCCAGAUCCACAGCGACCGAACCUUUCAAAAGCCAGCCUGAAGCGCGCCAGCUCUGUUUUCAGCUCCUUUCGUGGUUACAAACUCUCCGCAGACGACGACCCGGAACCUCUUUCUGCGACCUCGACGCGAACAUCGACUGGCUUUGGAGAAUAUAUCUGGGAGGACGUGCAAGAUCGUCAGGUGCUACAGCAUGGCGAGGUUCAGACGAGCAGUUCCAUGUUCAGGAAGAAGAGGGAAUACUUGGUGCUGACCGACAAGCAUCUGAUCCGGUUCAAGAACCUCUCGAAAGCGAUUGAAGCUUUCCCUGGGAUACCUUCACCGAACAACCGCAUGAGCUACUACCGCCACAGCCAUAGUCCAUCUUUUGGAUCGGCGCACGAACUCCAGUCCAUGGCCUCAGAGUCGUCCGGAGAUCGUCAUCAUGGCAUACCCCUGCGUCACAUCGUCGCCGUGUACCAUCUAGACGACGGUCGGCCACACUUUGCGCUGGAACUAUAUUAUUUGGAUGAUGAGUCAAAUAAUGCCUCCUCCAUGACUCUGCAAUUUGGGGACCCAGAAGAGAUGUUUUCCUGGCUCAAGGCCAUAAGAGAAGCCGCGAACAGGGCGCGACUAUCUGACGCGAAGCCUAUAUCCGCACACAACUCCCAUCUGGCAGCUCGUGUGGUUGAAGCAGAACGUGACUAUGUACCUCCACACUACGCCAUAUACAAAGUCGUCCUCCGACCGCAAGGGAAGACAACGACGAGAUCCUCAACGGAUGACCUAGCCAAAGUAUCUGCUUCAGUAUGUUUCCUUGCUAUUGGUGUGCACAAAGUACACAUCAUUCCGUUGUUCAAACCGUCUUCACAACGGUCAUCAAGCCCUUCAUUGGUGUCCCACAACACUCAGUCAUCACAUGGUAUCCUAACCCUGACUGAAGUGCGCAUAAAUGAAAUCGACGAUACCUUCCAAUUGACUUUCCGAAAGCCUCUUGAACGUCCCAAGGUCCUUCAUCUGGCAUCUUUGGCCUCACGGGACAUUGCUCUCCGUCUACGAUCCAUAGAAGCCACUCUUAGACCCGAGUGGGAGACACGACCUUUCGACUUCCUGGUCCCAGACGAUGUGCAUCAUGAUAUCGGACGCCAAGAAAGCCCACAUCCAAUGGACCAAGAUUCUUUGGAUAGAACUUUGAUUGGAUACUGUGUUGCGUAUGACGUACAGCCAGAGAAUAUCAGCUAUCAAAUCACGUAUCCACACGAAGAUGCUCCACGCUUCGAGCUUCUACCACCUGUCGGCCUGCGCAGGAAAGAGUAUAACACCCUUGAGUUACUUGCUGUCAUGCGUGCGUUACGCUACAACGAGACCUUCGGAGGCAUCUCAUUCAAAGACGUACGGUUAGAUGUCCUGAACGGAUUGAAGGAUCCGAACGGUGCAGAGCAUCUUUGCCUUAAAACUAAACGCGGCACAUACGCACGGCUAGACGUCGAAGAGCUAGAACGGUCUUGUCUACUAGUGCAAGAGAUUCGCGCUUUGGCUUUGACAAACCGGAAGCUGCGGAGAAUGGACUUCACCGCGUGCAUUUCCAGAAAACCCAGGGACCACGGAGAAGCUAGAGGCAGCGCGAGAGACCAGGGUUGCGGCAUCGUGGAAGCAUUAUUUCCACUGUGCAAGUACCAAACAACCAAUGUCGAUUGGAUAGCUCUGAACAAAAUACAACUUGGAGAUACAGAUUUGGAUUACCUCGUCGCAGCGGGUGUCGAGCGAGCUUGCCAUUUCCGUGGACUAGAAUUGAGUGGAUGUGGCCUCACGGAUCGCUCGCUUUCUCUUGUCUUGGAUGCAAUCCGCGCGCAGGAGACUACGCUCGAGGCCUUGGAUUUAUCGUCGAAUCCUUUCAGGCUAUCACCGAGCAUCUUCGAUUCUCAGAUUGGCGUUUUUGGAUAUCUCACACGUCUUAAUCUGUCGCAUGUUGCGCGCUCAUCGGGUCUUGAGUCUUUGAUCUCAGUCGAAACCUUUGCUGGUUGGAGAUUACAGGAGUUGAUCCUGAGUGGCACCUCGCUCAAUCCUGCCAUGGUCGACGCGAUCGCUGGUUACCUCGUCAACUACAAGCAAUCGUCAGCUCUCCGGGAAUUGAGAUUGGACCAUUGCUUCCUUACUGGAAGGGACAUAGCAUACCUCCUACACUCGAUGACAGAACACCCUGGAAAAGCCCGCGAGCUACAUUUGGAUGUUAGUGAGAAUAACAUUGAGGAAGACCUGGACAAGUUAACCAAGGCAAUCUCUAACGGCCUCGCUCCGUCCAACUUUACGCUCCGUCUGCUAGAGUUCGAAGAAGACGCCGACUUCCGCAAAAUGAUACUUGCGUUGGCCACAAACAACACCAUUCGACAGCUUGACAUUUCACGGGCGUCAUUACCAUGCGAUGCCUCGGAAGAAACCUGCCAUGCUAUGGAGAAGAUGUUUGCUGACAAUACAAGUCUCGAGUGGCUUGACAUCUCUGGGGAGGACUCCCGCCUUGAGACGACCAAGCUAGGGGUUGGCAUCAAUCGAGCAUUGCGGGGUUUGCAGCGCAAUCGAACCUUGCGCGCCUUGUACAUCAGAUAUCAAAAGCUGGGCGUACAAGGAGCGAGCACCUUGGCCGACGUUCUGAAGGUCAACACUACUUUGCAAUACCUCUACUGCGAGGACAACGGUAUUGCCUUGACAGGCUUUACUGAUCUCAUCAAUGCGCUUCAUCGAAACACCACUCUCCUCUUCCUUCCUAGUAUGCAUGAAGCACGCCAGAUGGCACUGAAGCAGACUGAAGAGCAGGUCAAGUCUAUGCGAGACGACGUAGCAAUACCCACGCAACCAAAGCCUGCCUCUGUCCGAAGCAGACUCGCAAACCGCGUAGUCAGUAACUCGAAAAAGGAGUCUAACUAUCCAUCGGGUCUUUCCGACCAGGACAUCAAAGCCGCCUUGGGCCUUGUCGAUGAAAGCUGGGCGAGGCAAGAGUACCGUCUCCAGCAAUAUCUGCAACGAAACCACAACAUUGCGCACGGCAUACCAACAGCCAUGGACGUCGACGAAGAAGACUUCGAGAGACCGGACACAGCAAGUAGUCUUGGCAAGAUCCUCGAAAAGGUCAAGAUAGAAAGCACACCGACAGCCGAAAAAGACGUACAGCUCGGGGUUUAUACACCACGGUUUUAUUCACCAGGCGCAUCGACCCCCACGACGGAAGUGGACUACGAUAUCACGCCUCUGGAAAAGGAAUUGGAAAUGUCCUUUGGCGACAACAAAAGAGCAUUCCCCUUCCCCACAUAG